AUGACUGUUUUGGAAUCUAGGAGCGAAAAAGGAAAAAGCCGAGGCUGGUGAUCGCGGCCAAGGUUGAUUAGUUUAUAUUGUCUUAUUUUAAAUUCAUUGCACCAGCGCCCAUGAACUGAAAUACUGUGCCCCGAGUACCGGUAAUUGUCAUGAAGGAAUACAUCAUCUAGCAACUGAAAAGGUGGGAACUGCCCGAUAAAAUUGAGGAAGAUGUGCUCAAUUUGACGAACGAGAACUUGGACGGACCCCGGCUUGCGGUCGAUCCCUGGGCCGCAGCAGACCCGGGAGAAAGGCUGACACAUAUGGGGGUCGGCUGCUCAUUUGCCGCUGGAACUGUUCGACAAAAAUCAUUGUUGGAUGAUGAACAAGUUACGCGCUGGAGAGGACAUGAACUGUACAGAAGUCCAGAUUCUUCAAAUCCUUCACUUGGUAGCAUCAGUCCUACUCGCCAACGUCUCACUGAUGAAAUCCAGGCUCUCUAUACUUGUAACCAAGUGGAGGUGCUAACAAUAAUCCAUUUUAAUGAUGUCUACAACAUUGAAUCUGGAGAUGGGGUAUGUGGUGGAGCUGCUAGGUUUGCUACAGUUGUCAAGGCUUAUUCAGACUGCAACCCACUUGUGCUGUUUAGUGGGGACUGCCUGAAUCCUUCUAUCUUGAGUACUUUUACCAAAGGAGAGCACAUGGUACCAAUACUCAAUGCCUUGAGAGUUAAUACAGCUGUCUACGGCAAUCAUGAUUUUGACUUUGGUGUUGAUGAUCUAGAGGACAUUGUCAAAGAAACUCAGUUUCCAUGGUUACUAAGCAACGUGAUUGAUGAUUUCACCGGCCAGAUGCUGGCUGAUGGGAUAGUGACCAGACUCCUUACUUGGCAAAAUAAAAAGAUUGGUCUGAUUGGCCUUGUGGAGGAGGAGUGGCUUGUUACCUUGGCAACUGUAGAUAGAGAAAAUGUCACCUAUCUGGAUUAUGUAGAGAGAGGACAGAAGCUUGCAACAGAACUGAAAGAACAGGGUGCCGAUUAUGUCAUUGCGCUAACACACAUGCGAUUACCCAAUGACAUCAGACUGGCAUCAGAAACCUCAGCCAUCGAUCUCAUCUUAGCUGGUCAUGAUCAUGAUUACAGCUUACAGAAGGUGAAUGGAACGUACAUAGUAAAGAGUGGCUCAGACUUCAAGAGCUUGUCCAUCAUAACCCUGGAGUUCACACCUCAUGACAUCAACAUCAACAUCGAGAAGGUCGUCAUCGACCAGGAGGUGGUAGAGGAUGAUGAGAUGAAGGUGAUCGUCGACCGGUACGGAGAUGUAAUGAAAAAGGAGAUGGAAGGAAAACUGGGAACGAUCGAGGUUGACUUGGAUGCGAGAUUUGCUUCCAUCAGGACCCAAGAGACUAAUUUAGGUAACCUGGUUACAGAUAUCAUGCUGGCUGUGUUGGAAGCCGACGUAGCGCUUCUCAACUCUGGAACAUUCCGAUCAGACAGAAUACAUCCUGCUGGAGACUUCAAGAAGCGUGACCUCUUGACCCUUUUACCCCUCAUCGAUCCUCUGAUGGUACUUGAGGUCACAGGAGAUGAGUUGUACCAAGCCCUUGAGAAUGGUGUCAGUCAGUACCCCAAAAGAGAGGGCCGUUUCCCCCAGAUCUCUGGUGUGAGGUAUGGCUUUUACCCCUCGGCUCCCCCUGGUCAGAGGGUUGACCCUCUUACCGUUGUCGUGGAUGGUCAUUGUCUUCUACCAGAUAAGAGAUACCGUUUAUGUACCAAGGAAUACAUUGCCAAUGGUAAAGAUGGCUACAAGGUCUUCUCAACUUGUCCUGUUCUGGUCAAUGCGGAAGAAGGGCCUGUACUUACAACAGUUGUCCAGAAUCACUUCCACUCGGCUGGAAUCGUCCAGGGUCUGAAGCCAUGCAGGUCAGGACAUAGGCAGAGUCUGGUCAGUCUGAGAAGUAAACCAAGCCUUGUGAAGUCAGCCAGCUUGGUGGAGGUGGAGCAGGCUAGAUCUCGCAUCGCCCCCAGACUUGAGGAGAGGAUCACUGUGAUGGAUGAGGUUGGAGACUGGAAGGAUAUCUUAGCAGGUCACAGAAAACUCUUCCUCAAUGGUUCCAAUGAAGAGGUCCUGGAGGAGUGGCAGAGACUCUGUCGGCUUGAAGAAGGGAACAACCAUGCAGAAGUCACACACAAUGUCAUCUCCCAUACCACAGAUCAUCCCUCCUUGUACCCUCGAGUGAUAAUCACUGAAGCAUCUGCUGACGAUGUGGACGAGGAGACCAACAGCAAGGGAAGUGCGGCUUCCGCUUCGAUGCUCUCAUUCAGUGCCGAGGAGGAGGGUAUUGAAACACUGCACAGUGCUAUCAGGAUGGAUGAUAUCGAUACAGUCACCAGACUAUUAAAGACUCAAGGUGGGCACUUUCCAGACCAAGAUGGUUCUCUCCUUCACCUAGCUGUCCAUCAUGAUUCAGUACAAACAGUCAAAUAUUUGCUCCACAGUAUGAACAUCGAUCCAAACAUACAGCUUGACGAAAGCAAGAGAAAUGCCCUGAUGGAAGCUGUUUGCAGAGGCAACGCUGCCAUUGUCCAGUUGCUUCUGGGUGCAGGAGCAGAUCCAACCAAAGAGGAUGAGAGCAGACGCUCAGCUUUGGACCUGGCCAGGGAGAUGGACGCUGAAGACAUGAACAAGUUGAUCAAAGAGUUUAAGGAGUCUCGUGAAAGACUUUAUGGAGACGAUCAAGCGCGCAUCUGAGCCAAAAAGAUAAUGUGAAACGUGCAUAAAGUGACCACCCAAGGGGGAACUUAAGGUCAAAGCUGGCUCAUCAAACUACUGAAUAAUUUUAUGCUGUUUCUUUCUGUGCUAGAAUCCAAAAGGCCUUUUGAAUGGGCAUAUUUACUAUUGGCUAUUGGUAAUUCUCUAUCACUUAGUCACACAGAAAAUAUUAAGUUUAUCAUAAGGCCUUGUCAAAAAGGAGGUUGGUGAUGGAUGUGCUGUGAUCGAGGGAUUCUAGAAGUCAAUUGUUUGGGUUUUUUUUUCUGUUUUUGGUAUCUUUUGGCGAAAGCAGGUGCAAGGAAUUAAUUCAUUAAUGUAUUGAUGAAAAUAAAUCGAUCUAUU